AUGGCAACAGCGCGCCCAGCAGAAGCACCGCCACCUCGAGCGUUGCGCGUCAUUCAUCUGCCCACCGGACUCGUGCUUCAGGAUUGCUCUCGCUGGGCACCGGAUCCUGCAGCAUCACCAAAUGCUGUCAUAGACGCAGCAAACAGUGCGAGUUUUGAGAGAACGGCGGGUCCACAGCUGGCGCUCCCGUUCCACGCAGAGCCGUACCUGCUGCCGGCGCCGGCCAGUGCCUACAACGCCCGAGAGGUGCUCGGUAUUGACGCUGCGGCAGCGCUUCUAGGUGCCACUUUCUUGAGUUCAGGUCCAUACUUGGUCACCGUAACCGAAGUGAAGCGCGCUGGCUCUGUCCCGUUGCCAGUGACGAGUUCACCGCCAGGCAACGAAGCGUCGACGCGAGCCUCGGCAAGCUAUCGACUAGCGCCGGUCUACACUGCCAGCCGCGUGCGACUGGUGAAACUACAUCCACAGCCAGCAGUGAAGACGGAUCGUGACGUAUCUGUUUCGAUGCUGAAGAUGCUCGAGUCGGGUUUCCUCUUCUUCAGCUACGAGGCUGACCUGGUGCGCACGCAGCAGAAGCAGCUCACUGGAGCCAGUGGCUCCAGCUUCUGGUGGAACAAGCCCAUGGUGGAAGCACUGGGCCCGGUUGCAAGCACCUGGGCAGUUCGUGCGAUCAUGGGAUACGUCGGUACCGUCGAACUCCCUAUUUACAGCUCUGCUAUGGCGAACGGCCUCGGCGGGAUCGAGCGCGUCUACGUCACCGUCGUGAGCCGGAAGAGUCGAAAGCGUGCCGGCACGCGUUACCACUCUCGGGGGAUCGACCAGUCCGGGCAUGUCGCGAAUUUUGUUGAAACCGAACAGAUUGUCUUCCAUGAACAUCGCUGUACCUCGUUUGUCACGCUCCGAGGUUCGAUACCCGUCUUCUGGCGACAAACCAAGGGAGCACUUCGACCAGCGCCGGAGCUCGAUGCUCCCCUGUUGCAGUCGCAGGCUGCGUUCACGCAGCACUUCAAGAAUCUCAGCCGCUCCUACGGACGAUGCACUGCGGUAUCGCUCGUGAACAGCGAAGGCUCCGAGUCGACCCUGGCACGAGCGUACGCCCAACAGGUAGAGUUGGCCGCGAGUCGCGGCACUGAUGCUCGACCCAGCUGGGCACCUCGGUUUGUCGAGUUCGACUUUCAUCGUCACUGUAGUGGGAAGGAGUACGAGCGCGGCAUCUGUGCGCUAUUGAGUCGCCUCCUGAACGAUCUGGACGCGUACGGCUUUCUCUUGGAUGCGCGACAGCUGCAGACUGGCAUUUUCCGAGUCAAUUGUGUGGAUUGUUUGGAUCGAACUGGUGUCGUUCAGAGUAUACUCGCGAAACAGGUUUUGCAGCAGCAGCUGGCCCUCAUUUUGCGGGACACGAGCACGAGCAGACCAUCCCCUGACGCGACCGGACGAGCGCAGCGGUCAAUCCAGCUCUCCCCGGACGGUGAGUCGACGUUCGUGCGCCUCUGGGGCAAUAACGCAGACGCGCUUUCCUACCAGUACGCCGGCACUGCAGCCAUGAAGGCGGAUAUUGCACGUAGUGGGAAACGCUCCACCAAGGGCCUCCUGCAGGAUGGCCUCAAGUCGGCAGUGCGCAUUUUCAAUAAGCAUUUUGUCGAUGACGAUCGCCAAGACGCCUAUGACCUCAUGCUAGGAUACGCGACUGUGGCUCGCGACGCAGACGCCUCUGGGGUACCGCUUCCAGACGCCGGCACUGGCGCUGCUUCCGAUUCGGUCUGGACAAUGUUCGACCAGCAGCAGUGGCUCACCGGAAGCGGCGAGCGUGUCCAUGUCAUGGUGCUGCUCCGAGACCGAGACCUCGUCGUUCGGACCCCUGAGCACAUCGAGUACAGUUAUCCACGCCAGAGCCUGGUGCAGUACGAGCGCACCGAACAGCAUCGAGGGCGAUAUCGGUUGCGUCUCCGCUUCCGCGGUGAACAGCAGCCGAUGCCGCUGGACCUCGUGUUUCCUCACCCGGCCCUGCGAGAGGUUUUCCUGCGUGCACUGCUCACCUGGGCGGGCAACUACGGACUCAUGGUGCCGGCAUCGUUGCUUCCGCAUGCUCCAGCGGGGGCAUUUCGAAUUCAGAUCCGAGUUGCGAGUGCCAGCAAGCCUACCUGGCCUGCAACGGCUGCAGACUGGGGCUUGCCGGGCCCGGCCGACCAGCCACCAACCGUGAUUGCGCUGGUACUCCCGGAUUCUGGUGCCUCGGGCAGGAGGUUCGGGCUCGCCGCUCUACCCCUGGACAUCGAGGCGCACGGCCUGUACCGAUGUGCGGCGGCGAGAGCGUUGCCGCGCGGUGGCGCUGCACUUGCCGUGCUGGUGCGCAUCGACGCCGCCGACACCGUAGCCGAAGUCAGUGAGUCCUCGGUAGCCGCGGAGCACGGUCCGAGCGGCCUUGUGGCGAUUGGUCUGCGUCUCUACGGCACCAGUGUAUGUUUCGUCGGAGGUCGCUUGCGUGGACGCGGCGAGUUGCUCCCGGCGCUGCAGUCGCUCCAGCUCGGGCGCUCCGAUCGGGAUACGCUGCUCCAGUGGGACUACUGGUACGCUGCUGGGGCACUGGGCGACCUGAGCGGCCUCGCGAUGCUGGGCGCUGCGGCACGGGCAGUUCAUGUGACCACCGCGAGCUCCGAGUAUACGGUGAUCGACCAACGAUCCGUUUUGGCGUGUAACGCGCCUCAUCGAGCACGUCAGAGUUCCGGCUUGGCAGCUUCUGGACGCAUUGAAGCACAGGAUAUUGCGGUUGCGGUUGACGAGUACAUCGACGCAGCGCGCAUUGGACCCCAGAUACCCCUGCACCCGGUGCGGGUCAGUUUGGUGCUGGACUCGUUACAGGCGGUGCUUCAUCAGUUACCGGUGGUGAUGGCGACUGGAGCGGCUGGCAGCGCUCAACAACUCCACCAUGCAGAUACCCCGCUGCAGUAUUAUCUGAGCUUUUCCGGUGAUAUUCUAGCGGAUAUCUUUAGCACGCCGCUCUCCGGUCCGGUGAUGAAUCGUGCCCCGCGUUGGACAGGGCGAUUUGCACUGCCGUACCUGCCCAGCGAGCUUGCGGAAAUUCAGGAGCAGCUCAUUUACGCACAGUUGAUGAUGAUGUCACCGGUCGGUGACGACCAGGUCGCUGGCUCGUUGGUGCUCUCAGCGCGCGGGCUGGCGGAGCGGCAUCCAUUUCAGGUGCCGCUAUUUCGCAGUGGACAGCUGGUUGGGCGCCUCGCUGGCUUUGCCCAGCUCCAGCAAAUCCCCGAAGCUGCCUGGGGACCCUUCUCUGCCGGCAUGAGUGAAACGACGCGAUCUGCGCUCGCUGCAGCAGAGAAGGCGACGCUGCGGGCGCACAGCACAGCACGUGGCUCAUCUACUGGUGACUCCUUGGAUCCGAGUCUGGCGCUUCCUGUUGGCAGCGCUGCGGUGAGACGUUCACAGAAACGCCGUGUGAAGCGUCUGGUUGGUACGCUCGCGGACUGGGUUCGUGGCGAGCGCCGUGAGAGCACUGCCAAGUUUGGCGGACCCCGCUUUUCGAUGACGAGUUACACCACAGCGGACCGCGCUUCCGUGCUGGGCGACGAUGUUGACGCUAGCGGAGCUGGUGCAGGCGCUGGUGCUGGUGCUGGUGCUGGUGCUGGAUACGAUCCAGGCGUUGCCGCCGAGAGGACCUUCUCGAUGCCAGCGUCAGCGGGCGCGUCCGCUGGACCAACACAGGGGAGUGUUACGGAGCAUGCGGUCCCAUCGGCAGUUCCACUGGAGUAUUUGCUGCAACAAACUACAUUAGAGCAGCGACAUUCGGGCGUUUCGUCGGUUGAGUGCGAUCGUACGGCUGGGGGCAAGGCCGCUGCCGCCGACGCCAGUCACUCUGCGGCCUUGCGUCCAACCUGGAAUGCCGAUGCGUCUGAUGCCGUUGCCGACCCGCUUGCCGAAGACUGGGCUCGCUUCGAUGAUGCCUUGGUGUCUGACGGUUUCGGACGAGAGACCAACAACGAAUCGCUGGCCGCAACCGAGUCGAACUCGCGGCCGGCUCAGGCGGAACGCGACUUGAUUGAGUUCUGA